UUACAAGUUGCUUUAGAUUUGAAAGUCGUGUAUUCUGUUUGGCAUGUUAUAAGUUAGCAAUUGCAAAAUCUGGCCCCUCACUCUUAUUGUUCUGCAUUGUUUUUGUUCUGAUUUAACAUCCUACCAGAGAUGAUAAUAAAUGUCCAUGAAUACACAAUGACCAGUAGGUUAUCUUUCAUGCUGGCAUUUGUCCAAGUUUGUAUGAAAGAGGGCUGCGCCUUUGAGGUCUGAAAUGUGCCCUGAAUUUCUCGACACACCCAUUCAGGGGCCCAUAAGUUUGCCUGAUAAAGUACCUCCAUACCGAACCCUUUGGCACAUCUCAGCUCCAUCAAUCCAUUCCCCUCUCCCAAGUCACCAGGUUCUAGAUGAAGCCGACGUCUUUUGCCACACGGUUGUUUCACAGGAAUGUAGAUUCAUUGGGUGUGAGGGCAGCCAGCUACGAGCGACAGGUAGAUGGAGCAAACCUCCAGGGGAGCCACGCGCCCCCCGACAGCCUGCAGCAGGAGACCUCCAGGCAGCCUGACAGGGGCCUCAGAGACGUUCACUUGGCCUUCCUCCCAGAGAGGUACCAGCCUUUGGUGGAUAAAGAAGCAGAGCAAGAAGCUAAAGAAGCGAGGAAGCUAAAGAAAAAAGAGAAAUACAAGAAAGUAAAGAAGAGGGCUGGUAGGGCGUGGCGGGGCAGCUGGAAGUGUCUCAUGCUGGGUCUUCACAACUUUGCCCUGGCCUACACCACCCCCCUCACAGCGGCUGCUACCUGCUUUAUACCAGAGUUUCAACCGGGCAGAGGAUGAGAAACACCGUCAUAGGAACGCUCUCACCAUGAUGUCAAUGCUGUGUGGACCAUUGUUACUGAAUGAGUUUUUACAUCUUAAUAUUAUUUCAUUUUUAUUUGUCAUGUAAUGUAACAGGGAUGGAUAAUUGUGUAUAUAAGUGUAUAUGACUAUAUUAAUAAAGGUUAGUUGUAAUGUGAAAGACCCGCCCCUAUCAUAAAAUGGGCAGCUUAUAACUAACAUCAAAUAACACUUUUGUUUAUAAUUGAUUUAACAACGGUCAGUGGCUGUAUGGAAUGGUUUUUUAGUUUUUUUUUAACAUUUUGGAAAUGAAAUGACAGUUGACAGAAUGAGUUAUCAGUGAGAACCGGAGUGUCCUCUUGCGAUUGAAUUGAACGUUUUGAUUAAGUUUGUUGGUGUACACUGUUAUGAUGUCGUACCUCUUGAAUAUACUAUUGUUACAAUAAAAUGUAUUAAUCUGUGUUAAUAUAAUGGUUUUAAAAUGUGAAUGUGUUU